CUGAUUGUGCCUCAUUCCAACCAUGAUGGAGGGUCAGAGAGUGCUGUCGUCUUACAGGAAGCGUUUCGGGGCCCAGGGGGCGGGCAGCGGGAGCGGGGGCGUGCGAAUCAGCAGCCUGUCCUCCGGCCGCCUCUCCCUCCACGGGAGCAACCGCCACCUGACCCACUCCACACCCAUAUCCCGCCUCUCCCUGGGGUCGGCCGGAGGGGCCCUGCUCCUGGGGACCCCCGGGGACCGCCUGGACUUUGCGGCAGACACGCUUCUCAAGGCCCACUACCGGGAGACGCGCACCAAUGAGAAGGUGGAGAUGAUGGGUCUGAACGACCGCUUCGCCAGCUUCAUUGAGAAGGUGCGCUUCCUCGAGCAGCAGAAUAAGAUGCUGGUGGCUGAGCUGAACCAGCUGAGGGGGAAGGAGCCCAGCCGCCUGGGGGACAUCUUCCAGGAGGAGCUGAGGGAGCUGCGCAGGCAGGUGGACGGUCUCAGUGCUGGGAAGGCACGCCUGGAGAUAGAGAGGGACAACUUGGCUACCGAUGUGGCCACACUCAAACAGAGACUGCAAGAUGAGAUGGCCCUUCGACAGGAUGCAGAGAACAACUUAAGCACAUUUAGACAGGACGUGGAUGAUGCAUCACUGAAUCGCGUCCAGCUGGAGAGGAAGAUCGAUGCGCUGCAGGAUGAGAUCGCCUUCCUCAAGAAGGUCCACGAGGAGGAGCUGCGCGAUCUACAGGAUCAGCUGUUGGCCCAGCAGGUCCAGGUGGAUGUGGACGUGUCCAAGCCAGACCUUACUGCUGCCCUGAGGGACAUCCGGGUCCAGUACGAGUCUAUGGCCACCUCUAACAUGCAGGAGACAGAGGACUGGUACCGUUCCAAGUUUAAUGAUCUGACUGACGCAGCCAAUCGCAAUACAGAGGCCUUGCGAUUGGCCAAACAGGAGAGCAAUGACUACCGCCGGCAACUCCAGAGCAUGACCUGUGACAUGGAGGCUCUCCGUGGAACAAACGAAUCUUUGGAGAGGCAGCUGGGUGAGUUUGAGGACCGUUUUUCGGUGGAGUCGGCUGGUUACCAGGAUACCAUUGGUCGUCUUGAAGAUGAGAUUCAGACACUGAAGCAGGAGAUGGCCAGACAUCUGCAGGAGUAUCAGGACCUGCUCAACGUCAAACUGGCCCUGGACAUAGAGAUUGCCACAUACAGGAAGCUCCUUGAGGGAGAGGAGAACAGAAUCACGGUUCCGGUGCAGAGCUUUUCCAACCUGCAGUUUAGAGAGAGCGGCAUUUCUCCAGAGGCCAAUGUGAAGAGGAGCAUCAUAGUGCGAACUGUGGAGACUAGAGAUGGGGAGAUAAUUAAGGAGUCUACAACUGAGAGAAAGGAGAUUCCGGACAGUCCUUGAACUUGUUGAGGAACGACUACAGUAAUGCUUGGUGCUAGCUCUGCCUGCUCCACUGUCCCCACACCCCUGCAAUGUUUGUUGUUAGCUUUGUCUGUUCCCCUGCCCCAACUCCCCUAUAAUGUUUGUUGUUAGCUAUGUCUGUUCUCCUGACCCCACUCCCCAGUAAUGUUUGUUGCUAGCUAUGUCUGUUCCACUUACCCCACUUCCCUGUAACAUUUGUUGUUUGCCCUGACCUUUCUCCUGUCCCCACCCCCUUGAAAUAUUUGUUAAUAGUUAUGACUGUUACCCUGUCCCCACUCCGCAGUAAUAUUUGUUGCUAGCUCUGUCUGUUCCAAGUCCCUACUCUCACGUAACGCUGGAUGAUAUUUCUGUCUGUUUCACUGUCUCCACCACCCAGUAACGCUUGGAGGCAUUACAUUUACCAAUAAUGAAACUAGCCACCGCCCUCUUCUCCUAACCUCCCCACAGUGGCUAGCUACAACCUCACCCUCCCCUUCCUACCUGUUUCAUCAUCAUCACUCCCUGACCAUAAAAACCUUGUGAGUUGCAUUUUAUAGAAACUUGUUUCUGAAAUUGCUCAUUGAAUGCUUUUUUAGCAAUUUCCAAAACAUAAUAUUUUUGUAUUGCUGUAACUGUAGUUUGAGUGUGCUUGUAGAUAGGCUUUAGAGUUGGGAAGCUUGACCUUUCACCAUAGAGGAUUUGUGACCCAUCACUUUUUGCAUUUACUGUAACAGCUCAUUAAGGUUGAGAUCAGAGUGGGGAAUCUCCUCAUUGUUUGGUAGUAGUAGGUAGAGAGGAGGUCUUGAAAUGUAGUGAUUGUUAUUCAGCUAGAAGCAGGAGUCACACUGAAGUUGUGUGGUUUGAGAGAAUGUGAAAAGUCAAGAGGAACCCACAAAUGCUGGGGUUAGCGGUUAACAAGAUGGGUCUCAGACAAGGAUGAAUACAUGUAUAUGACAGAGCUUUUACCAGAAUUACUGGUUACAUUUAUGACGAUUUUAGCCUCCCAAAGGGCCAAACACCAUAACUAUUCUAUCCCUCCAUCAAACACUGACCUGUCGGUGUCCAUCACCUCCAUCACUCUUCUUUCCUCUCCGUGUUAUUCCCCUCUCAGACCACUCAGUGGCGAUCCCCUCUGGGUGCAGUGGGUCUGGUUCCACCUCUCACUGGAACACCGUAUUCUGACACCACAACAUUGAUUGCUCCCAUCCACUUAAACACCAGCGUGAGAGGGACAGGAUGGAGGUGAGACGGGGAGUUAAGGGAAGUAUUGACGCGACCCUUACCCCUAAAAACCCCCGUUCCUCCCCGAGUCACAUCUCUGUAGUGUCUGAGUGAUUGUAGAGACAGACACAGGGGAGGGUGUUUCUCAGAUAACAUGCCGGUCGUGGAGCGGGUGGGGUUACAUCACACAGUGGCUCCCUGAUGACAGGCCUCUCCAAAAAGCCCUGUUGUUUUUUAGGAGGGAACAGAGGGUGAGUGUUGAGACACUAACUAUUUCUCGCUCUGCUGACAUAACUAAGUUGACUCUCUAUGCCACCUACCUAUCAUCCAUUUUGAUACAUUUACCGAAGUCUGUAUUUCAUUCUGUCUUCUGAUAGGCCUGCCUUUGAUUCGUAUCUCCCUUCCCUCUGCUUUGCCUUCAUGUUUUCCCCUGUCAGCUCCAGAUACUGUACUAUUCUAUUCUUGUCUGCUUCUAAUAGAAAGCCACAGUGGGAUCACACUGCAGUAUGUUAAGGAAAAACCUGAAAGAAAUUAAUAAAAACUUAGUUUUUACAUAUUUUGAAAACCUGUUAACAAUAAAACGAACAGUUUGUUUAGUA